AGUGACCAUCAAAAAUAAAAAUAUCGUUAUUUUGGUUUGGUUAUUUUUAUAAAAUAUAAAGCAACCAUACUUUAAACCUUUGGACUUUGUUUUGUUGUUGUAGAGGAAAAAUACUACCAAAAAUGUUCGCAAGCAACACGCGUAAUCUUAUGCGCAGCAGCAUUCUGCAGCGAUGCAAGAGCACUUUGGUUGUUGCCGAGCACAACAACGAGGCCCUUAACCCGAUCACCCUGAACACUAUAUCCGCGGCCAAGAAGAUCGGUGGUGACGUCACAGUUCUGGUCGCUGGCACAAAAUGCGGACCUGCCUCCGAGGCUCUUUCCAAAGUUGAAGGCGUGUCCAAGGUUCUGGUGGCGGAGAACGCUGCCUUCAAGGGAUUCACCGCGGAAUCGCUGACUCCUCUGGUCUUGGCCGCCCAGUCCCAGUUCAAGUUCACCCACAUCCUAGCCGGAGCCUCGGCCUUUGGCAAGAACGUGCUGCCCCGCGUAGCGGCCAAGCUGGACGUUUCGCCCAUUUCGGAGAUCAUCGAUGUCAAGUCGGAGGACACCUUCGUGCGCACCAUCUACGCCGGAAACGCCAUCCUCACCCUGAAGUCCAAGGACGCGGUGAAGGUGAUCACCGUGAGGAGCACCAACUUCCCGCCCGCAGCCACCAGCGGAGGAAGUGGUGCCGUGGAGCAGGCUCCGGCUGGGGACUACGCGACUAGCCUCUCGGAGUUCGUCUCCCAGGAGCUGACCAAGUCCGACCGCCCAGAGCUGGCAGGAGCCAAGGUCAUCGUGUCCGGCGGAAGGGGCCUCAAGUCCGGGGACAACUUCAAGCUGCUCUACGAUCUGGCCGACAAGUUCGGAGCCGCCGUGGGCGCCUCCCGCGCUGCAGUGGAUGCUGGCUUCGUGCCCAACGAUCUGCAGAUCGGUCAGACCGGAAAGAUUGUGGCCCCAGAGCUGUACAUCGCCGUCGGCAUCUCCGGCGCCAUCCAGCACUUGGCCGGCAUGAAGGACUCCAAGACGAUCGUGGCCAUCAACAAGGAUCCCGAGGCGCCCAUCUUCCAGGUGGCCGACAUCGGCAUCGUGGCUGAUCUUUUCAAGGCUGUGCCCGAGCUUACUGGAAAGUUGUAAGGCGAGAUUGUCACGUGAUGUAGUAUAAAGAUACGAUUAUGUACCAUUGAAUCGAUAACUGUUGCAUUUAUUUGAAUUUCUGCUAAGUCCACGGAAGAUUAUCCUCUCAAAUUUUGUAAUAAAACCAGCCGAAGACCUACUCUAUGUAUACAUGGCGCAGUCUUAUCAGUCAAGAAAAAAGACAAACAAAAUAAACACAAAUUUCCUUAUCAAGA